AUGUCGAAGGUGCUGUCAGCGUUGGGCGGCGCUCUGCCAGACGAGCGGCCUCUGCUGUCUCUGCAAAUAGUUGAGAGUGUCGCCAAGUGUCCAGCUGGGUACUGGCCGGUCAGCAGGACGUACGAUGAGGACGCUGAUGCUGGGCUGCUACGUCAGACCGGGUUGUUUGGGAAGAAGCCUAGCCAUUACAUAUGCUUGUCGAAGUCUGAGGGCGUUCCAGGAUAUGUGAUGGACGGUUUAAUGGUGCUCGGAGAACGGGAGGCGACCCCAGCGGGGUACAGCGUGGCCGGUCGUGCGGGCAAACGACGUGUGUGCACCAGAGUGUCUCGUGUCGGAGGCGCAGCUCCUGCUUCACCUGCGCUAAAUAGCGCUCCACUCGUCACUGAUGUAAUCGUGUGUUCAAGAAUGCGCUCUGCGCCCCAGGGUUUCCUAUUAGCCGGCGAAAUUAAUGGCAAGGUUGUGUGCUAUAAGGUGAGCGGCGGAAGCGGUGAAACGUCGCCCACGCACCAUAGCGAGUAUGAAAAUGUCAUAUCAAACACGACGCCAGAAGCCAAUAGAAGAUUACGUGCAGUCCCCGAACGACCGCCGAAGCUGUCACCACUUGUUAACGAGCUCAAUAACCUGAACCUUAAGUCGUCUACCACGUAUCCGAAGAUCGAAGAGUUUACCAGCGACCACGACUACGAAGCGCUAAGUCCCUCCUACAACAUAAAGCCAGUGAGACCCGCCCCGCGACCUCCCGCAAAUAAAUCUCCUAUCCCGCAUGGGAGCCCCGGACCGCUUUCGCCGGGGCCUCAUGGAAGGAAAAAGGGCCCAGCGCCGUUACCCCGCGUCUCGAAUUACCAGACUCUUGGAGGUUACAACGGAUUGGAGGGUGUGCCGUUUGUUUUGAACUCGAAGCUACGUGGGUUGCCUAGUGAUACUUUGGGUCAGUUCCCGGUUAUAAAGAAGAGGAGUUGCUUCGAUCUGGAUCGCGAUUAUGCCUACACCUUCACUGUUGAGAAACAAACGUGA